AUGUUCCUGCCACGAUACUGGCCACCAUGGCUUAUGGAUGAAAAGGUUGAUCAGCAUGCGGAUGAACAAGAAGUCAUAUACGACCGUGACAUGGUUUACGAGGAAAUGCAGCAAAUUGGUGAUAAAUUCGCUAUGAAAUACACUGCCUAUGAUGUUGGCUGUGAAGAGAUCAUUGUUGUAUUUGCUGGAUUCGUUCCAUACAAGGAGCACUCUUUAUAUCCAUCUGUUGCGACUAAAUUCAUUCCCCUUCGAGGUAUUGACACCUUCAAGUGUUUCCGUGUUCGAUUGCUUAUCAAGAAAUGGUAUAGAAUGGAGGCUAUUCUUCAUUUACUGUUUUCCAGGAAGAUGUCAGCGUCAUCAGGAUAG